ACAGGAAGCAGAAAUGAAGCCUCAGACAGAUCUGUAUGGAGGAUCAGUUCUGACUGUGUUCAUUCUGGAUCUAGACUGAGCGACUGUGCAUCAUCAUCUUCCUCUUCCUUCAUCGUGGAGCUCACCUGCUCAGACUCUGUCAGGCUGGUGAAUGGGACUAGUCCGUGUUCAGGCAGACUGGAGGUGAAGUCUGAGCAGUCGUGGUCCUCAGUGUGUGAAGCUGACUUUGACCAGCAGGAUGCAGAGGUGGUCUGUGGGGAGCUCAGCUGUGGGGCUCCUUCAGUCCUCCAGGGGGCGCUCUAUGGAGAAGUGGAGGCUCCGAUGUGGACCAAAGAGUUCCAGUGUGGAGGCCAUGAGUCUGCUCUCCUGGACUGUGGAAGAUCAGACUCAGCUAGAAGCACCUGCUCACCUGGCAAAGCUGUUGGACUCACCUGCUCAGAGCCUGUCAGGUUGGUGGGAGGAGCCAGUCGCUGUGCAGGUAUACUGGAGGUGAAACAGGGAGAGUGGAGACCAGUGAUUGACUUUUAUUGGACCCUGAAGGAAGCAGCAGCAGCCUGCAGAGAUCUGAGCUGUGGCUCUGCUGUUUCAACAGGAAGGAGAAAUGAAGCAUCAGACAGAUAUGUAUGGUUGAUCAAUCCUUACUGUGUUCAGUCUGGAUCUAGACUGAGCGACUGUGCAUCAUCAUCUUACUCUUCCUCUAUCGUGGAGCUCACCUGCUCAGACCUGCUGGUUCAGCCAAUCAUCUCUGUGUCUUCUACCAUGGACGGGGUCUCCGAGGCCCAGCAGCAGGGGUUUCAGGUGCGUCAGGGCUCCAACUUCACCAUCAGCUGCUCCGUCCAGCCUCAGUACCCAGGAGGCUCCUUCCAGCUCACCUUCACCUCCUCCAACACAACACACAACUACACCCAGCCAGCUGUCAAUCACUCUGCUGACUUCCUGUUUCCUGCUGCAGACCCCGCCCACCAAGGAAACUACAGCUGUGUUUAUGGCGUCUAUGUUUUUGCUCAUAACUUCUUCUCUGAGAGCCGUCUGCUGUCUCUCACUGUCACAGAUCCAACAGUUCAUAUCAUCAGACUGGUCGUCCUGCCGGUGACUCUGCUGUUGGUCGUCGCUGUCGUCGUUUUCAUCCUGAAGGUCCUGAAGGCCAGCAGGGGGCAGAGGUCAGGCCCACAGGAGAACAUUGAGCUGGAUUCUUAUAACCUCGGUGUUUCCAGAGCUGAAGGAGAGCCGGCUGAAGAGGAAGGAGCCCAGGGAGCAGAGUAGGACCUCCAAGGAGCCACAAACCACUGAAGAAGAAAAUCAUCUUUGGGUUCAUCUCUCCUCUCAGUCUCAGCCAGGUUUUUGCAGCCCAGUACGGCGAGGAAUGGCGUCCAUACUAGUCGAUUCCACAGCUUUUGAUUUACAUCCAGCAGCAACGCUCAGUGCCACAACAGGAAGUAGCGAGACCUUUAUUAAGACCAGUAGAAGAAGAGCAGAGAGGAGAUCUGAUUGGACCAUUUGUAACAUAAUUAUCUGUAUAUAGUUAUAUUUUAUCAUCAUUAACUUCUCUCAUGUGAACAGCUGUAACUGCUUUUACUUAAAUAUUUUGAUGAAUCCAGAGUUUUAUGGUCUCAUCUGGAUAAAUGUUGAGUCAACAAAUCAUUUAAAAAUCCAUCCAGUUGUUUGAUGAGUUUAUACAUUUUUCUUC